AUGACCUCCCCAACCAAAGUCAAUAGUGUGGACCGUGUGGAGCUCCGUCGGCAGGCCCAGCUGCAGCGCGCUGGCAUGAAGGUCUCCACCGAACCCCCCGCUGUGUCCAAGCCACUCUUUGACGCACCAGUCAAGAUCGAGCCCCCGCCUGAUGACCACGUGUACCGUAAGACUCAGGAGACUCUGGGGCAGUUCAGUCUGAUCCGACACUCCAUGCUCAGCAGUCAUAACCAGUAUCUCCUGGGGAUCCCCAAGGGUCCGCAGACUCCUGUCCUCAACAAGACGGCCGACAGUGUCUGGGCGUCCAAGUUCCCGGCGAAUGGCCAGCUCCCCCCGGCGCAGAAAAGCGCGGGCAGCCACAGGCCCAAGCAGUCCGGCCGGAGCUCGAGUAGCGAGCGCAGCCGGGGGCGUGGCUCCAAGUCGCCCGCGGACAGACGGGGAAGCGAGGGGCGGUCGUCAGCCAAUCACAAGUCUUCUUCUUCUUCCCACGGGCAGAAAAAUGCCGACAAGUCUGAAGAAAGGAAGAGGCAGGAGGAACCACGGAGCAAGGAGUCGUCAGAAGGCUCCCGGCCCGGGAGAACCUCCGAGACGGGCCACGAGAGACGCAAGUCCAGCAGUAAGAGACCCUCGGUGAGCCCGCACCGCUCGAAGGACGGGCAGGGCGCCACGGGUCACUCACACAGUAGCAAGGCUGCGGAGCCGCAUUCCAAACCCGCGCAUUCCAGACCGGAGAAGUCUCCUCCGGUUCAGCCCGACUCUUCCUCCGUCUCCGUCAAGAUGGAAGCCUCGUCGACAAAGGACGACGCGUUCCAGAUGCCGGCGCCGCUGUCAACCGCGCCUGGCAGUCAUCGGCCCAGUCACAGCGGCGGGAAGGGGGCGGACAGGGCAGAGGAACGUCCCAACGGUCUCCUGGCCGGGUCGAGCAGUGGAGGGAAGAAGGAGGGCGGGGAGAGGGAACUGUCCAGGGAAGACGUGAAGAGGAAGCUCAGACUCACCAUGCCCGACACCUCCGAGGAGGCCCGGCUAAACUCCAGUGGGGGUCUUAAGAGCGCAGGCACUGAAAAAGUGGAGAUCAUCCUUAAGGAGAUGACCGAGGUUGGCCCUCCUCUGACCGGGAUCCACACUCCGAUCAAAACUGACAUCUCCAAGUUCCCCUUCCCUGCAAACCAGGAUGUGCACGGGGCACAGCUGAGCCACACAAAGAGAAAAACUGGCGCAGCGUCUGGCGGCGGUGGAAAGGCGAAACCCAUGGGCCCGUCCUCCUCCGAGUUUGAGAAAUACGGCCUGGUCAUGAGCGACAGUGAAGACGACGAUGAUCAGGCUCGCCAGACCAAGACGGCCGGAAGAAAUGCGCAGAAAAUGAGGUCUCCGGCCAGACGGACCCCAAUGUUGAGUUCGGGCAGCAGCAGUUCCUCCAGCGGCUCCGAGGACUCCUCGGACAGCGACAGCGACGGAUCGUCCUCCAGCGACGAGAGCGUUCAGGACGCACCGCCGCCUGCAUCGCCUCCCAAGCAGGAGAGCGAUACGACCAACUGGGGGCUGGCUUCCUUCGUCAACCCGGUGAAGAGAGACUCCCCGGGGAACUCCUUCCCUCUGCUGGGAACGUCCACGCCCAGCUCCCAGAACUCCUCCGCGUUGCCCAUGGGAUUAUUUGGCGGCGACGAGGGACCGCUCAGCUCUGCAGGGUUCAUCACGUCCUCUGACAGUCACGGCUUCGACGUCAACGACAUCUUACAACCGCUGGAUCCUUCCAAGGAGUUGGAUCCCGAUCACAAGGAUAACUACAGCGCCACCAAAAUUAACGGGUUGCGCAUGAAGAUAAGCAAGAAGGGGAACCAAGGGGGUCCCGAACCGUUGACAAGUAGUAGCAACAAAGAAGCGUCCAAGAAAUCUUCCGUGGGGAAGUCACCCUCAGCUGCAAGUCGCAAUUCUUCCAAAACUGCCACAAACAGAACUCCAAGAAAAGGUGUGGACAAAAAGCCGGCGGAGAAGCCCGCCUCUGCAUCUAAUGCGAAGGCUGAGAGUAGCGAAAAGACGAAGGCAAACAGUAGCAAAGCUGGCCAGACCACCCCUAGUAACAAAACGAACUGGGCCGAGCCCAGCCCUAAGACGGAAAGGACAACCAAGACGGUGCAAGGAAAGAAGUCGAGUGACAAGAAAGGCAAACGGACCCCACAGACCAGUAGUAAGGUCAAGUCAAAGGAGUUUAUCGACUCCGACAGUGAAUCAGACUUGGAGGUGGACGUGGUUAAUAUCUCUCCGGAGAAGGGGAGCGCGUCAGUGAAAGCGAGCCCCUCUCCACGGGCCAAACUGAACAACACUAGCAAACCAAAGGCAAGGGACAGUGGGAAAAAGGCUGCCGCCUCGAGUAGCAGCAGCCACGAAAAAGCGCUCUCUGUGGAUGUUUUAUCCAGCGAUAACUCCCUCCUGUCCCCUCUGAACGAACCUCUCUUGUCUCCUAUCGAAGGGGACCUUGCUUCCACUGUGCCCAAAAUCACCUAUGGCAACAACGGCAUUCCGAAGUCUUUGAUAGUUAGCAUUGACCUUUCGUUACUUGAUAGAAUACCCGCCAGGAAGGAUGCGUCCAGGCAAGGCGAUAGCAAAAAGUCGGGGUCCUCGUCCGAGAGCAAACCACGCAGUAAAGUACAGAAGAGGAAAAGAGACAACUCCCAAUCCCAGGCGGAUACGGCUGGAGCCAGCACGACAGAGGAGGUUCAAACGAAGAGGCCAAAGAAAGAAAAGGAGACGACGACAGAUUCCAAAGCAACCCCCACCAGAAGUCUCCCCACCCCCACGAGAACACUCCCCACCCCUGCCACCAGCCUCAGCACCCCCACAAGAAGCCUCCCCACACCCACAAGAACCCCCACCCAGGCCACCCCCACCCGGACUACUCCAACAAGAACCCCGCCAAGCAGUAGACAAGACUCAGAGAAAGGUAGGGGCUCUGCACGCCGCUCCAGUGUCAGUAGUACCUCCAGCAGGCUGAGCGAAGAGAGCACCAAGACCGACCGCUCCGGAAAACGGCGGAAAGUCGAGCGACAAACUUCACAGGAAUCCAGCAAGAAAAAGGAAAAGAAAAGCAAGAAGACACCCAAAAAACAAGUGCCUUCCCGUUGCCAGGACUGGGACGCGCCUCCCCUCGUCCCCGAGCACAGCCAGAACGGCGUCGCGGCGGAGCACGUUGCCAAGGCGACGAACGGGCACGCGGCGGGGAGCCAGUGGGGCGAGCUGGCGUCCGGUCAGCAGGGAGGCAAGAGUUGGGAGAGACACGACCCGCGAGGGGACAUUCCGUACUUCAACAGCAAGACAGAUGUGGAGGACAGGCCUCUGUCUGCAGAUCACUACUUAACAGAAGCCAAAAAUCUCAAGCAUCUUGCUGAUGGCUUGGCGGACAAGAACCAGAAGACGCUGACGUACGUGGACGCUGUGCUGUACUUUAUCCAGUGUGGCAACGCCAUGGAGAGCGACCCUCACCUGUCUGAGUCCAAGUCUCCCUCCACCAUGUACUUAGAGACUGUGGACCUUAUCAAAAAAAUCUGUCAAAAGUUUUUCAAGCACCUUUUUGACUGCAGCACUUUGGAUUGGAGGUUUAUCCUGAGGUUCAACAGUCACCACAUGCACAACCAGAGUCAGGACCAGACCACUUCAGACAAGAAACUAGCAGUCCUGUGCCUGAGAUGUCAGUCCCUUUUGUACAUGAAACUCUUCAAGCUGAAGAAAGACUAUGCCAUGAAGUACUCCAAGGCUCUGACUGACCACUUUAAGAACCCUCCCAAGAACACACAAGUCCCUUCACCAUAUCAGCACAACUGGAAUGGUGCAAGGUGAGAGUUACAUCAUCAUGACACACCUGUCCUGUUUCUAC